AUGAUUAUAGGUCCUAAGGGAGUAUCAAGGUCUCUGCAUCAAGUUCAGUGGUGUCAUUGUUCCACUAAUGAUAUUUUGCGAGAUUUAGAAAGACUAUAUAAUCAUGAGUUCGAGGAUACAGAUACGUUUCGUAAUGGAUAUUCUGUCGAAGAUAAAAAAGCUCUAGAAAUAGUUAGCAGUUCGUUUAGAUUGGAUGGUGGUCAUUUCCAAGUUGGUCUACCAUGGAAGUAUGAUAAGCCAAGGCUACUGAAUAAUUUGGAACUAGCUAAACGCAGACUAGAAUGCUUAAGGAAGAGGUUUAUGAAAGAUAACAGUCUUUUGGAGAAAUAUCGAGUUGUGAUGAAUAAACAUUUAAGUAAGGGCUACAUCAUUGAAGCUAGUGAAGAGGAAUUUGACUGUGAUGCUGUCUGUUGGUAUAUUCCUCAUCAUCCUGUUAUCAACCCUAAGAAAACUGGAAAAUUGAGAAUUGUGUAUGAUUGUGCGGCUGUCUAUCAAGGUUGUUCUCUUAAUGACCAGCUUUUGAGAGGACCAAAUACUGUAAAUAGUUUAAUUGGUGUACUUCUACUAUUCAGAUUAGGUAACGUAGCAUUAGCUGCUGAUAUCGAAGAGAUGUUUCUUCAAAACGACAUUUGGUUGAUUAUUUGUGAAUUACGAAUAAAUUUGGUAUCUAAAUUGGAACUUGGUUCUGUUGUUAAUUUGGGUCAGAGUUUUUUAAUGAAAAUAGCAGAUGUUGAACAGUGCGCUUUUAAUUCAUGGUAUCACACUUUUGAAUCUUACACUCAAGAAAGUAUAUUUAUAAAUCUCCCAGAUGACCUUAUAGCUUCAUUGACAAAUGACGAAUUCAUUCUCCCUAAAAGUGCAAAACCAACAAACGGACAUCUGUCGGACCUAGACAACGACGGCAUUUGGUCAGACUAUUCCGAUACUGAUGAAAAGAACUCAGAGAGACCAGAAUUUCCUCAGUUCGAAUCUCAGUUGAAAAGUAUCAUCCGGAAGUUAGGUGGUGUUGUAUUUCCGAAGUUAAAUUGGAGCGCCCCAUCUGAUGCAUCUUGGAUGUCUUUCGAUGGGUCACUGAAGUGCAAAACGUUUUCCGAUAUUUACUUACUCCUUAAAUCUUCAGAUUUCGCAGCACAUGACUUGACUGCUCCCUUCGCUCUGUGUACAGAUACUCCAGCAGAGAAAAAUUGCUGUCUUUUCAAUUCCAAACCGAUUCUUGUUCUACGAAGGUGGUAUGACUUUCGUCCUGAGGAAGAAUUCCGAUGUUUCAUUAAAUCAAAAGUCCUUAUUGCAAUUUCCCAACGAAAAUGUGAUGCCUAUUUCAAAAUAAUUGAAGAACAGAUAGAAAACAUCAAAUACGACCUUGUGGAAUUCUUUAAUCGAAAAAUAAGAAAUCAUUUCAAAUCAGAAAACUAUACAGUUGACUUAUACAGAGAAUCAUCGGACGAUGGUAAAAUGCGUAUUCAAAUAAUUGAUUUCAAUGUAUUUGGUCCACCAACUGAAGCACUUUUAUUUCAGUGGUCGGAAUUGGAAAAUGAUGUACAUGAAAAUGAUACUAUUCCGUUAUUUCGCUACCAAAGUGACCAAAAUAUCCGUCCAAAUUCAGUGAAUCAAUACAGCGUGCCAAUCGAUUUGAUCGAUAUUGCUUCAGGAUCUGAUCCCGUUAAGGUGAUGGAUUUCAUUCAAGCUAAAGUAGAAAGUCAGAAACAGUCGUGA